ACAUCAUUAUUGUGUUAGUCACUGAACCAACUACAUCGUCAUGGCUCGUACCAAGCAAACCGCUCGUAAAUCCACCGGUGGUAAAGCACCGAGGAAACAACUUGCAACCAAGGCCGCCAGAAAGAGCGCGCCUGCAACUGGUGGAGUGAAAAAACCCCAUCGUUACAGGCCAGGAACCGUCGCUCUCCGUGAGAUCCGUCGUUACCAAAAGAGCACUGAGCUCCUCAUCCGCAAACUUCCUUUCCAGCGUUUGGUUCGUGAGAUCGCUCAAGAUUUCAAGACCGACUUGCGUUUCCAGAGCUCUGCUGUGAUGGCUCUCCAGGAGGCUAGCGAGGCUUACCUCGUCGGUCUCUUCGAAGACACCAACUUGUGCGCCAUCCACGCCAAGAGAGUCACCAUCAUGCCAAAAGACAUCCAAUUGGCUCGUCGUAUCCGAGGAGAACGUGCUUAAUUUUUUUCCAACACCAUCCAAACACAAUCGGCCCUUUUCAGGGCCAACAC